AUGGAACAAGCAAAGGAAAUAUUAAUGGAUAAUAAUAAUUUACUUAAAAAUCAAAUAAAGAUUUUAGAAGAAAAAGUCAGCUCGUCGAAUAUAACAAAAAACGUAAACAAUCAAUCCGAUCAUUUCACCGAAGUUCAAUACAUUAACCAACCAAGCACCUCAAAUCCACUUUACAGCGAAAUACUUCAAUCGAAUAAAAGAAAAAGUAACGAAAUUCCUCAAAUUACUAUAACAAAAAUCCAAGAUCCAACAAAUUCACCAAUCUGCAAAACCCCAAAUACUUCCAACACCCCAAACAAUCUUCCAUUUAAAGAAGUCACGUACAAAAAGAAAAGAAUAAUCUAUAUCGGAACAUCCACACAAACACCUUCUACUGAUGCUUUUGUGGUAAAGAUGAUGAUUGUAGUGGUGAUUAUCUUUGCAGUCUGUUGGUUACCCUAUCACCUCUACUUCAUAGUGACGUCCUACUUUCCGGAAAUAACAAACUCAAAGUACAUCCAAGAGACCUACCUGGCCAUUUACUGGCUCGCCAUGAGCAAUUCCAUGUACAAUCCCAUCAUAUACUGCUGGAUGAACGCCAAGUUUCGCCGUGGUUUCAAGCAGUGUUUUUCUUAUUUUCCGUUUGUUAACCUCAGCCCGGAUGCACUAACACGAAGGGAAAUGUUGGCCAGCAAACGUCGCUCCUACUCCAAUUCUUUCGAUCGUAAUCGCAUCAUAAGAAAUGGUAACCAGCACACGAACUUCCAAACCACCCGUAUGACCACCUCAACAGACACCUACUACAUGAAUGAGACCGAUAUGUACGCAAAACGUCACCGGACGACUCAGGGUGACCGAAUGCUUGACAUCAGAGGUUUCAGAGGGCACGAUCAAGCUCUUCAGAUGUGGACAUUAGCAUCAGCAACGCCUCUUCCAAAAUAAACAGAAUUCAGCGCACUUGGAU